UCAAUACACAUCAUGCCCACCUUGGUACGAUCUGAUAACUGAGAUGGAAUGUAGUAUGAUUGUUCUAUGAGCCUACAGAAGAAGGAAAAGGGGUGAAUACAAAGCACGAAACACUCGAGACCACUCAUACUAUCAUCACAACACAAUCAUCAUCGUCAUCUCACUCAAAGUCGUCGUCGCUUACCUCUCCUUACCCCUCCUUCAUCGGCCUGAGUCCCCGGAAGCAUCAUCCCCCCCUCAGUAGCCCUCUCCUUCCCCUUCCCCUUCCCCUUCCCCUUCCCUCUACCCUUACCCUUUCCCAGCCCCUGCCCCGUAGACUUCCCAUGAACCAAUUCCUGAUACUUCCCUAUAUCGAUCCCUCUAUUCGCCACAGGCGGCGGCGGCUUCUCCACCCCAUCGAGGUCAUGAAACUCCACAAACCCAGGCUCAACCCACUGAUCCCCAUGGGCAUCAGGCCGUACAACCUCAACGCCAGAGUUGAAAGUCCUGCGCUGCCCAACACGCACGUACACCCAACCUUUCGUCAGCACUCUGACGCGCACGCCCGUUUUUUCCGACAAGGAGUCGGAGGUUCCCCGGGGCAAGGGAGGUUUUCCGGGGCGAGGCAAUGGCUCGUAGAUGGGGUUUGAGACGCGGGAAUUUGCGGCUUCCCAGCCUCCCUUGCGGUAUGCGGUGAUGCCGUUGAAGAGGCAGAUUUGCGUGAUUUUGUAGUCUGAUCCCCGCGCUUUCUGGGUUGCUUGUUCU